CAAUCCCCGUGGGCCACCUGCCCUAGACCAGCCCCAAGCCGGGGAAAUUACACAAAGGUCCAAAUUUUCUCUUCCUUCCACCCCAUUGGCUGUUCCCGUUUCUCCAGUUUCUUUGCGAGGGUAGUUUGGGUAUUAAGAUGAUUGUGCAAGGGCAUGAUCGUCCUGAAGGCGAAACCGUCGCCCACGCAUAGAGCCCCGCCCUCCCUACUCUGACAUGCGCGCCUCGCCUGACGUCCUGGCCCUGCGAAAUCGGCCCACGUCAUUUCCAGCUGGGCCCCUGUUUUUGCCUGGGAUGACUAAUCAGUCCUUUAUCUAAAAAUAUUGUUAGGAUUUAGUCCCUCAGGUUAAAAAAAUUGUUACUGACCUAACCCAAAUGGGCGGAAACGGUAAAUUGUACAUUGAUAUUCUUGUAGAGCACUUCUACUAUGCUAUAUAGUUUUGGUGCUUUAAUGUACAACUUAAAGUUGUACCAUAACAUUAAAUGUAUAAGUUUAGGUUGUACCAUAAAGCAAUUUGUACCAUUAUGUUAUAGUACAACUUUACAACUUGAAGUACCAUCACAUAAAGGUACAAGUUCAAAUUGUACCAUAAAAGAAUUUGUACAAAAAGUAUAGGUACAAUCUGAAGUUGUACCAUAACGUAAAUGUACAAUUUUAAGUUGUACCAUAAAGGCAAAAUCUUAUAGCAUCAAUACUAUAUAGCAUUGUAAAAUUUUUCUAUUCUCGUAAUCUUGUUACAUUUUCUGUACGCUUCAAUACAUUUGUCGCCAUCUUUAAAGAAAAUGGUGAGGUUACUUUUGUUUUCCACCACUACAUUCAUAGUCCAAGAGGAGUGUUUUUACCAUAAAAAAAUUACCACUAGAAGUCUUUCACAACAAGGAUUAACACAAGAUUCUAGAGUGUUCUAAAUUUUUUACUUCAUUCCAACCUCCUCCGUGCUCGUGAUCUUGCUCAAGUUUUGCCCUGUAAUAAUAAUUGGAACCUUGCAAUUUGCUGUUAGUUAUCAUAAACGCUAAUUUACUUUUAUCCAUAUUUGUAAUCGAGCUAUAUUUUUGACCUUGUCCAUUUCUCUCCCUUUUAGUGUUACAACAACGAAUAAAAACAUUUACGAACCAGUCGAGAAAAAAUUUGGAUUCCGCUCUACCCAGUGGUAUCUCACAAUACAUCGAUGACAACCGUUUAAUUGAGGCCGAUUAAUAGUAUACGGACUAAUUGGUACUGAACAUAAUUUGUAAGUAGCUUCGAUGCCAAACAAAAUAAUUUGAUGACUUACGGUACAUUAACGAAGAGAUAGUUAUCUCUCAAGUCUCAAGUAAAUCAAUUUCAUUUCCGAAUUUUUAUUUUGCAAUUCCACAUUGUGGGCUAAAUGGUCUUUUAACACUUUCCCUUCCAUUCUAUUACUUCGCCAGGAUAAUAUUCUCUUAACAUAAAUAUACACACUCUGCCUCUUCCCUCUCCCCACACCUCACUCCACUCUCGUCACACAGUAACCGCGCCCGUUCCCAAAAAUCCUUCUUGCUCCCCUUUUCUCUCUCUCUUUCUUUCGAACUUUCCAUAUUCCUAUUUCCCCUUCCUGCAAACUCCUCCUCGGAGACGCUUCCUCUACCACCCGCACCCUCUCUCUGGUCUCUCUGCUACACCAGUACCACAAUGUCGCGUCGCGGUGGUGGUCGGCGUCCGGAUUCCGGCCGUGAUCAGCAGCCGCCGUCCCCUGCACAGUCUGGCGGUGGCGGACGUGGUCGCGGCGGUCGGGGUCGGGGACGGGGAGGCGGAGAUAGAGACGCCAUUCCGCCUCCGGCACAAGUUUUUGGUUCGAUCGGCGCUCAGGCACCUUCCCCCGCCUCUGGUUUCCCUGCCUUGGGGAAUCCUUCCUCAUCCCGCCCUGCUCCGCCGCCUGCCAGCGCGCAACCGUCAGCUCGACCGCAAGGAGUUACCGCUGCUCCUCCUCCUCCUACGGCGGCUUCGUCGUCGAGUUCGUCUUCCGUACAGCAGCUGGCUGCGGAGGUUCAGGGUAAACUUGUUGUCUCCGAGUCAACGGCGUCCAGGGCUGCGGCGCCGGUGUCCUCGAAGGCCAUCGCUCUGCCGAGGAGGCCCGGGUACGGGACUGUGGGGAGGAAGUGCAUGGUUCGUGCGAAUCAUUUCCUCGUCAAGAUUCAGGACACCGAUCUCCGCCAUUACGAUGUCACUAUUACCCCGGAGGUUACUUCGAAGAAGGUCAACAGAGAUGUCAUUUCUACACUGGACAAGUUAUACCGUCAAUCUCAUUUGGGGAACAAAAUGGUGGCCUAUGAUGGUAGGAAAAGUCUAUUCACUGCUGGGGCUCUGCCAUUUGAGUCGAGAGAGUUCGAGGUGAAGUUGGAGUCUGAUAACCAAGCUGGGUCGUCUGCUGCCCCUAGGAGGGAAAGAGUGUUCAAGGUGGCAAUCAAGUUUGCAUCCCGACCUGAUAUUGACCAUCUGCGACGGUUCUUAGAUGGCAGGCAGCGGGAUAUACCACAGGAGACCAUUCAAGUUCUGGAUGUGGUUCUUAGACACAACCCUUCCGCACACUACACUGUGGUUGGGAGAUCAUUUUGCUCCACUUCACUUGGGCCAAAAGGCACCCUGGGGGAUGGUGUGGAGUACUGGAGAGGAUAUUACCAAAGUCUGAGGCCAACCCAGAUGGGACUGUCCCUUAAUAUUGAUGUUUCUGCCAGAUCUUUCUAUGAGCCAGUUCCUGUCAUGGAUUUCAUUUCCAAGAACUUCCGGAUUCAGAACCCAUCCAAGCCUCUAUCUGAACAAGAUUGUAUCAAGCUCAAAAAGGCCAUGAGAGGUGUUAAGGUACAAAUGAACAAUGGGGAGUUUACCAAAACCUACAAGAUCACUGGCAUCUCUAGCAAGCCGGCAAGCCACACAAUGUUUCUUCUUGAUGAGCAGAAUACUACGAUCUCUGUAGCUCAAUAUUUUCAACAAAAAUACAAAAUUCGUCUCCAAUAUCCUUCUUUGCCUGCUCUUCAAGCUGGUCAUGCACCCAAGCUUUUUUACCUCCCAAUCGAGCUGUGCAAGAUUGUUGAAGGUCAAAGGUAUACAAAGAAGCUCAAUGAGCGACAAGUUACUGCUUUGUUAAGGGCGACCUGUCAACGUCCACAUGAAAGGGAAAGGAACAUUGCGAAGGUUGUGGCUGAGAAAAGCUUCAAGGACAGUGAGAUUGUACAGCAGUUUGGCAUUCAAGUUAAGCCACAGCCUGAGCUAAUUGAGGCUAGAGUCCUUAAUCCUCCAAUGCUUAAGUAUCAUGGUUCUGGGAGAGAAGCAAGCGUGAGUCCUCAGAUGGGUCAAUGGAACAUGAUUAACAAGAAAAUGGUCAAUGGUGGAACAGUAGACUACUGGACUUGUCUGAACUUCUCUUCUUUCAACAAUGAUUUCCCAAUUGACUUUUGUGGACAAUUGAUUGACAUGUGCAUCAGCAAGGGAAUGGUUUUUAACAAAAAUCCUCUAGUUCCUAUUCGAUCAGAAAGGCCCCAGCAUAUCGAGAAAGCUCUUUCAGAUGUUCACUAUCAGGCCACUCAACAGGGCAAAGAACUUCAGUUGCUAAUUAUUAUUCUGCCUGAUUAUUCCGGCUCCUAUGGUACAAUCAAGCGAAUCUGUGAAACAGAGCUGGGGAUUGUGACGCAGUGCUGUCAGCCCAAGCAAGCCUCAAAAUUUUCCAAGCAAUAUAUGGAGAAUGUGUCAUUGAAGAUCAAUGUUAAGGUUGGUGGGCGGAACACUGUGCUGAAUGAUGCAAUCCAAAGGAGGAUUCCUCUUCUCACUGAUCGUCCAACCAUUGUUUUUGGUGCUGAUGUUACACACGCACAGCCUGGAGAGGAUUCAACACCAUCUAUUGCUGCUGUUGUCGCUUCAAUGGAUUGGCCAGAGGUAACCAAGUACAGGGGACUAGUUUCUGCGCAAACUAGUCGAGAGGAAAUCAUCUUGGACCUUUACAAGACCUAUGAAGAUCCAACCAGGGGUGUGGUUCAUGGGGGAAUGAUCAGAGAACUUCUCAUAGCUUUUAGAAGAUCAACUGGAGUCAAACCUGAUAGGAUCUUAUUCUACAGAGAUGGUGUCAGUGAGGGCCAAUUCAGCCAGGUUUUGCUACAUGAGGUGGAUGCCAUACGAAAGGCUUGUAUGUCAUUGGAGCAAGGCUAUCUUCCUCGGAUCACCUUUGUGGUGGUGCAGAAGAGGCACCACACUCGUUUCUUCCCGGAAGAUCAUCAGAAUCGUAGCAUGACAGACAGGAGUGGCAACAUUCUUCCAGGCACCGUGGUUGAUACCAAAAUCUGCCACCCAACUGAAUUCGACUUCUACCUUAAUAGCCAUGCUGGAAUUCAGGGAACUAGCAAACCUUCUCACUACCACGUUCUGUUCGACGAGAAUGGGUUCACCGCUGAUGGACUGCAAGUUCUGACGAACAACCUAUGCUACACAUAUGCUAGGUGCACUCGCUCUGUGUCUGUUGUGCCGCCUGCCUAUUAUGCCCAUCUGACAGCAUUUCGCGCUCGGUACUACAUAGAAGGAAAUGCUUCUGAUGGCAGUUCAUCAGGUGAAAGGAGCGCACCUGGGAUGCCGAGAGAAGUCCAGCCGCUUCCGAAGAUCAAGGACAACGUGAAGAACGUCAUGUUCUACUGCUAGUUUGCUGAGGUUGUAGAUGGGUAGGGGAGCUCGUAAUUACAUAGGGAAAAGCUCUCUCAUUUUGACUACUUUUGUGCGUAUGAUAGGCUGACCUGAACAGUUCCAAAUUAUCAUAACUCUACUAAGUAUAUAUUUUUGCUAGAAGGGAAACAGUCGGAAGUUCUAAGCAGUUUCUGA